AUGUUUGCAAAUACAGUACCAACCCCAUCGCAUCCACCAAUAAACACAAACACAGAAAAUUCCAAUACAAUACGCGAGCGAGAACGCGAACGAGAGCGCGAACGGGAACGAGAACGAGAACGCGAACGAGAACGUGAACGUGAACGAGAGCGCGAACGAGAGCGAGAACGCGAACGGGAACGGGAACGAGAACGCGAACGGCAGCGUGAGCGGGAACGCGAACGCGAACGUGAACGCGAGCGCGAGCAAGCGGCGUCGCCGCCGAGUCCCGCCGUGAAAAGCGAAGCACCCGAACUGCUCGUGCCGAAGCGCGAGGCCGCCGAGCCCGAGCGCGACUCCCCCGGCGGGAUGGAGACGCGCCACGCCGGCUACGGCGCGCCGCCCGAUCAGCGAUCGCCUUACGAGCGUCCACCAGACGACCACGUUCGUUCCUACAGUCAAAUGAACGACGCUCGGUACGGAUACGAGUCGCGAUGCUACGAAGGUGCCCCAGCCUUCGAGCGAUACGACCCGGCACAAUGUCCACAACGUCCAUAUAGCUGGGAGGAGGAACGAUACCACGACCCACAUCUGCCAACGCCAAUGAAAACAGAUCAGUCUGAACAGGAGACCAGUUCCGGACCAAUAUAUCCUAGACCAAUGUACCACUACGAAGCCGGUAGCGGAGUAGGCGGUGUUGGUGGCGUCAGCGCGAUGGCACCAGGCGUCCCACCCGGCUUCUCCGCGAUCAAUCUAUCGGUGAAGAUAGCAGCGGCGCAGGCGCAACGACCGCGUACUCCCACACCAAGAGAUCCGCGCGAUCCCCGUCCAGCCAUAGAUCUCUCCACUUCUAGUGGUAGUCCACAGGGUCCAUAUGCAUCCCCGGUGUACACGAGUGCCGGUGGCGGCAGCGGGGGCGGAGCCCGAGGCAGUCCACAGCCAGGCGCUUCGCCCCAGCUCACAGCCAGCCCCCAGGUGCCCAGUCCGCAGGGUCAGACCCUCGACCUUAGUGUGUCCCGUUUACCACAUAGUCGAGGUUUCCCCGGUGGUGUGUCAUAUAGCCGAGAAUCAACACCGGACAGUGGCGGCAGUCAUCCGUAUUUAGAAGCAUAUCAUAGAGAUGCUGCUGGAUACGGUGGAGUCAGUCCGCAUCCAGUAGCUGGUUACGGUUUAGGCCAACCGGACUACGCGGCGGCAGCGGCCGCAGCGGGUUAUGGAGGCUACCAGUACCAAUGCGGUGCUUACCCCCCUCCUCCCGCCUACCCUCCACACGCUCCCCCCUAUUCACCACCGUGCUACAUGCCGCCACCACAUGCUCCGCACGACAAGCCUAAGGACAGCAGUCUCUCCGGGUGUCCGCGCGCCGACCGCUCACAACUACAGCCGCACUCGCAGGAACUCAAGUGUCCCACACCGGGGUGCGACGGCUCUGGUCAUGUCACAGGCAAUUACUCCUCACAUCGAUCACUAUCUGGCUGCCCUAGAGCCAACAAGCCUAAGAGCAAGCCUAGAGAUGGACAAGACUCUGAACCUCUCAGAUGCCCUAUACCGGGCUGUGAUGGAUCUGGACACGCUACAGGGAAAUUCUUAUCGCAUCGAAGUGCCUCCGGCUGUCCUAUUGCGAAUAGAAAUAAAAUGCGGGUGCUAGAAAGCGGUGGAACCGUGGAACAGCAUAAAGCGGCUGUUGCAGCAGCAGCGUCGGCGAUCAAAUUCGAUGGCGUCAACUGUCCAACACCCGGCUGCGAUGGUUCAGGCCACAUCAACGGCUCGUUUCUAACACAUCGCUCUCUUUCCGGUUGUCCUGUGGCGGGGUCUGCUACACCCACACCUCAGCCGAAGAAGCCCAAAUACCCUGACGACAUCACGCCAUUAUAUCCGAAACCGUAUUCAGGCAUGGAAAUGAACAUGCAGACUGGCAACGGGGAAGACCUUAUGACCCUUGAGCAAGAAAUAACGGAACUGCAACGAGAGAAUGCUCGCGUCGAAUCACAAAUGAUUCGCCUCAAAUCAGACAUCAACGCCAUGGAAACGCACCUCAGUCAUGGGGAAAGAGAGAACCAGCUCAUAUCUCAGCGCAAUAACAAUCUCAACGAAUAUUACGAAAGCUUGCGUAACAACGUUAUAACCUUACUGGAACAUGUCCGAAUUCCUGGAGGGGGGACCGCUCCUGUAACGAACGCUGGAGGAACACCCGGGGCUCCACCACCUACAGGUCCAGGAGAGAAGCCUGCCCAUGAUAAUUUCGACUCCUAUCUCACAAAACUGCAAACUCUUUGCUCGCCCGAUGGUUACUGCCCCGACGAAAAUCGGCCCAUAUAUGAAACGGUGAAAAACGCGCUUCAGGACUUCACAGUACUACCGACACCAAUUUAA